CUUUAGAUCAUACUUAAUUUAGGGUAUUAAAUGCCUUCUCAGUUUUCUACUUUUCUGAUGGCUGUACUAAGCCCUAUAUAGUAUAUAAUAUAAAUAUUUUAACCUUACAUUUACAAAUUUAUUUAGGAUCAUAAUCUUUUAAGUUUGAUUUAUUUUAACUACCUUCUUAAAAUAUCAGUUUAUGCUUUUAUCCUGCUUAUUUUGAUUGUUUAUGGAUUAGUACAAUAUAGAAAAAUUCAUAUGUUGUAAAAAUAUUUCUUUUACAAUACCUUCUAUUUUAUAUAUCUGGCAUUCUAGCCUACCAUAAUUAGAGAUUCUUUAAACUUAAUUAUGUGCAGAAAAAUUGAUAACGAAAACUAUGUAUAAGAAAAUCUAUUAUACAAAUGUUUUACAGAUGAUUAUACUAAGUUUACUUAUAAAUUACUAAUGCCAGUUUUAUUUGCAUUUGCUUUUAUUUUACCUCUUAUACUUUGCAUCUUUACUAAAAGAAAUUUAAACAAAGAUUAAAAAUCUAAGAUAAAUUAUUUUAUGACUUAUCAAUACAAGUAGUCAUUUUGGUUCUGGGAAUGGGUCAAGCUAAUAUUAAGGUCGAUAUUUUUAAUGACUGAAUAAUUUCUUCAAGAUGAUUAUAUUAACAGCUCUCUCGUCAUUAUCCUUCUGUUGUGCUGCUAUGGAUAUUUUUUUAAAAAAACUCUUCCUAAUUAGUAUGGUUUACAUAACUAAAUUGAGUUUCUAUUUUUAAUAGGUACUGUCCUAUGUAUUUAUGUCUCACUCUUUUUAAAGCUGAAUGAAGAAAACUAAACAAUAACUAAAAUUUGCUUGUCGAUAAUUUUCUCAGAUUUUUUUAGUUUAACUUUAAUAAUUACAUACUUGAUUAUUUAAGAUAGUAAAUAAAAUCUCCCAACUUAUUUUUUAUACCUAAAGAUUUGGGUUUAUAAAUAUUUAUGUUUAAAUAACUUAAUUUUUUCAAAGCAGUAAAGAAAAGCACUAAAGUUAAAAAUAUUCUUUUUAUCUUAUUUAUCUUAUAUGAGGAAGUCAGGAUACUUAAGCAAUUGGACAGCAAAGUCUAAUAUUAAGUUAAGGGCAUGUAUUUUAGGAAGUGAUUUAGAAUUGCAAAUAAUCACUUAGGAUCAUAAAUUGCUUAAACAAAAUAAAUUUAGCAAAAGAUCAAAUACAAUUUAAAUGGCAAAUCUAGAAAAAAAUCAAUGAUUUAGAAAUAUUCUAUUUAUAUAAAUAUUUAUUUUGAAUUUUUAUGUUUGAGUAAAGGUU